AUCAUGAUCGUUCAUGGGAAAACAGAACUCACGUCAAUGGUCAACUAAACACUAGUAGCAAUACAUGGGAUAUCAGAAUAGAGAUAACCAAUAUCAGUAUGAAGGAUAACGGAACGUACCGGUUGCAAUUACGUGAAAAUCUUUGCUUGAUCCUGUUUGUAAUACAAAUUCGACCUGAACCAAAAGAAGCUAUAGAAGAAAAUAAACCAGUCUAUUUGUAUGCGCAUCCACAUAACUCAGUCUUAACUCGUCCUCUGACAAAUGCAUCAAUGGUCUGGCUAUUGGACGGGCUAUCUGUCAACAAAACAGCAAGUUUUAUCCAACAAGAUGGUUUGAUUUGGAUACCACAUAUAACAAGAUAUCUCGAUGGCAGGAAUGUGUCAUACCGGGCCAUACAGGAUAAUGGGAAUGUCACCGAAGUCAAUUAUACCGUGAAUGUCAAAUAUGGACCAAGCCAACCUCUAACCUUAAUACCAGGACAGACACAAUAUUAUCUCGUCAAAGGGGAUGUUAUGCCUGACAUUACGUGUACAGUCGACUGCAAACCGCCAUGUUCUGUUUCCUGGGGGAAAAACAGUAACAAGGGAACACUUAGCCUAGGGGCCGUAACAACUAAUAAUAGAGGGGAAUACACAUGCAUUGCAACAAGGACUGGCGCAAAGACGGUAGAGAGGACCAUUAACAUUCAUGUUGCUGAUAACACAUCAUUUACAAUAGCCAUAGCAUGUUUAGCAGGUGUUCAGGCAUUGACGACGUUAGGACUCGGGCUGUGUGCGUUUCUUAUUUUUAGAAGAAUCAAACAGUCGCCAUGUCAAACAUGUUUCAAUAACAGUGCAAGAAAGUCACCAAACCAAAAACCGGACUAUGGUUCAAAAUCGCCAGCGGCUGAUAAUCAUGGACUUGAGCACUAUGAAGAGUUAGAUACUAAUACUAGACAGACGAAAAAAGUUUAUGAAGUUCCUACCGAGGUCGGUUUAGAGACAUACGAAAAUAUCAGGUUGUCAUCUAUCUCUACUUCAGAAAUACAAGUGGCACACAGCUAGGAUAGCAUAGCUCGUACUGCUGAUCAAAACUUCCAGCAUGUUGUACUCGUUUAUAAAGCAGAAUGUGUAAUCUAUAUACAUGCUUCUACACACGCAUUUUUAAAGCAAGG